GUUUAAUUUGAAAAUGUGGUCACGUUUGGAGAUCACCUCAGUGAGUACUGACCCACCAGUCGGUAAGAUGGCGUUCGUACACUAAAGUAGCAUGGAAGCGUCAAAAGCGAGUAUGAGUUUGGUUACUUUAAUAAGCUUGUUAACAUGUUUAGUAUUACUGUUGUCCGGUGCUGGACGUGUCAUAGCCUGUGUAUGUGUUUGCACACCCAGCCAUGAAGCAACACCAGUGUACAGAAAAUCAGAUUCGUUGUCCGAAAUAGUUGGUCAUAUCAGUACAAACACGUGUUUGCAUGGUGAAUUGGUAAAGGGAAAGGAUUGGCUUUUGUUGUUAGGCAGUUCGUACUAUUAUAUCAAAAUAAAGAAACUGAUAGCUUGCCCAAAUGACCGAGUAGAAAUUGAACCAAACAUUAUCAGGAUGCCGAAGAGAACCGAAGCAAACCACAACACUGACCAUAAGCGUUUUCUGCUCGACAGUAUCAAUCAAGCGCAAUGUAACUUUGAUGUCAACUCGUUUUGCUCAUGGCGUAACGUGCACGGUCUUGAUGACUUUGAUUGGGUUUUGUAUGGAUCAUCAACACCCACGGACGACACGGGGCCAGACUUCGAUCAUACAACACGCAAUUCCUCUGGAUCGUACAUAUUCACAGAGUCAAGUGCUCCGCGAAAUUUCUUCGAUACAGCGUGGAUUCAAAGUCCUACGAUUGAGGUGACUUCAGACCCUGUGCAUUGCUUCCGGUUCUGGUACCACAUGUAUGGAUCUUCGAUAGGUCGACUUAACGUCUACCAAGUUACCAACGGUGGGUUACCUGGCAAGUUUGUUUGGUCUCUUACUGGCGAUCAAGGUAACUCGUGGAAAGAAGGACAAGUGCCACUUAAUUCCAAUCAAAGUUAUUCGAUUCUCCUAAGUGGGGUAAUAGGCAAUGGCUAUCAAGGCGACAUUGCUGUAGAUGACAUUAAUGUGUCGGUUGGUUAUUGCGAAGUCAAACCAUCCAGCGCCUCAAGGACUGACGUCAAAAACACAACAACAACACCAGUCAACGGUCACUGGAGUGCGUGGGGUUCAUGGACAGCAUGUUCUGUGAGCUGUGACAUCGGACAACACACCAGGUACAGAACUUGUGAGUACGACAAAGUGGCGCCACAUGGGGCAAGAUGUUCUGGGCAAGACCGCGAGAUGUCGUUCUGCUCAAUAUCUUACUGUCCACGUGAUGGAGUGUGGACUGGUUGGUCUCAAUGGAGCACAUGCUCUGCAACAUGCGGUGAUGGUUUAGAAACUCGAGGGAGGAAGUGUGUUAAUCCUGUUCCUGCAGCACCACUUGGCAAGGCUUGCGAAGAAUCAGUCAACGAAAUACAGACUUGCACCAAUACUACGGACUGUCCAGUCGAUGGUUACUGGAGUGAAUGGGCAUCUUGGAGCACGUGCAGUGUUACCUGUGGCCAUGGCGACCGCUCUAGAAACCGCACGUGCCUGUUUGAGCAGGGCAAGCCCCGUGGUCACGAUUGUGUGGGACAGGGCUUGCAGACAGGCAGUUGUACAGAGAGCGAUUGUCCAGUCGACGGUGUUCUUGGAUCAUGGAGUUCUUGGACAUUUUGUUCCAAAACAUGCGGCGGAGGCACCCAGUCACGUUACAGGAACUGCACGUACCCGGCAGAUAGGCCGCAUGGACAGCCAUGCAUCGGGCAACUAAGUGAAUCACCUGCGUGUAACCCGCAAGUUUGUACUGUGGACGGCUUAUGGUCUCCUUGGUCGCCAUGGAUGGCGUGCGACGUGACGUGUGGCAAUGGUACCCAGUCACGAACCAGAAACUGCAUUUACCCACCAGACGCCGUGAAGGGCAAGGAUUGUGUCGGAGAAAAUGGCAAUGAAACGCAGCCAUGUUCAACCGCGAUAUGCACCAAUACUUUUCCAUAGUCGAGUGUAGAAAUUGUAUAAGUACUGAAAAUAAUGUCGUCAUGUACAACAUUCCAUGUUCUUUUAAAAUGUUUUCACUGAUUAUUAAAAAAAAUACAUUUA